UCAUAAGGUCUGCCUUAACGGUAACGUGGCCAGUUCUUGAUAUUAUCAAUGUCCUGUCAGUCAUUAGAUCGCAGUUAUUAUGAGGUAUUUGUUCACAUCACCUGACCAAAUAUUUACCAACACGCCAGGGCUUUAAAAUAUUUCCCUCUAGUCAAUGGGUUUAUGAGGUGGAUGAGUGUGUAAACAUCAAUGUCAACCAUUUCCAGUUUUCCAUGAUUUCUAUCCCACCUAAUGUCUUCACCUCAGUCUGGAAAGGGCUCAAAGUCUUUUCGCUAUAGAUACUAUAAAUCGCAUGAUUAUGUUUUAGGCUAACAGUCACCCAAAAGGGACCUGGCCAGUCAGUAAUUAUGAUAAUCAUCAGUUUAGAUCAGUGAUCCUCAAAUCUGGCUCGUGAGAUCCACUUUCCUGCAGAGUUUAGCUCCAAACCUAAUCAAACAAACCUACCUGUGAUUUUCUAACGUUCCUGAAGACAUUGAUUAACAUACUCCGGUGUGUUUGAUUAAGGUUAGAGCUAAACUGUAGGAUUGCAGAUUUGAUGAUCAAUAAAUUAAUGAUUUCUGUGAAGAGAAACAUUCUCAGCAAAGUUUAAGGCUUCAUGCUUGAUACCAACAACAUAUUAUUUUACUAAUUACUUAAACAUACUAGUUAAACUGCUACUAGUGACUGGUCAGUGUCUUAAGGUUGCUUGUUUGUUUUUGUUACUGGUGAGAUAAAGCCAUUUUAAUUGUGUUGAGUGAAAAACGGAAAUAAAUGUAAAUAUGUACUUAGUUAUUUGUUAAAAUAGUUCUAGCAACCUAGGCUACUGGAAAAGUUUAUAAACGGAUCAAAGCCACACAAGACUAAAAAUGAGACGAUGAGAUACUAUAGGCCUACUGGUAUUAUUAAAAAUAAAAAUAAAAAAUGAGUCACCUUGAAUAUGUCCACUAAUGCAUUCUCUGUAUGUGAUUGACAUAAAACAUUUGGAAGAAAAAAAUCUUGCUAAGGCACAUUUUAUAUAAAUGCACAUUUUACACAUUUUUGUGCAUAAUUUGAAGAUUUAUUAUUUAUUUGUAUUUUUUUGCACAACACAUGUGAGAUGUUAAGGCUUUGAUUCAAGUUUAGACUUCAGACUAUAUUGUUUACAAUAUAUAUAUGUGUGUGUGUGUGUGUGUGUGUGUGUCUGAUUUACUCUUUAAUUAGAUGCUCGCUUUCUAAUGAAUAGUUAAAAUUGCCUGGGACAAGGGUAAAAAUUUAAUGUAUGCAUAACGGUGACAAUAAAAAGAUGAACUCAUGUAUUUCUAUGCCUAUUAUAUUAUAGAAUGCAUAUUAUAAACUUUCCAAAGUUUUGCUACCUUCAUAUAUAUAUAUAUAUAUAUAUAUAUAUAUAUAUAUAUUAAACUAAAAAUAUUAGUUGUAAUAAAAAUCCCUUGGAUGAAAAUGCCCAAAUUUGAAGAAACUCCUUCAUACAGAUCUGAUUCACACGAAGCGCCAGUGAUGUGCGUGUCUAAGGAGAAAGCCGGGAGGGGCAGGUUUAUAGACUGAACUACUUCUGUUGACUGACGCCAGUUAAUGUUACACUAACAUCAUACUGUACUUUCGACUGGAGUUGACUUGGCUUCUUCGUCUCGCUUCUCCUGGUCUGAGCUUUACGUCUCGUUGAACUCAAUAUGACGGCAAUAAAAAUCAGGGUUGGGGCUGAUCCACGUGAGAAAUCCACUCCUCUUUUUUUAGACUUAUUUUGCCGCGGUCUUAUUAUCCUGUGUACAUUUCUGUCUGUCAUCCUCUCAUCUAUUGCUGUGUGUGAUGGUCACUGGCUGCUCGACGGCCGCCGUAUGUGGGGCCUGUGGUAUUUCUGCUCACUGGAGGAGCACCAGGGCUCUGUGUUGGGGUCCCAGAGUUUUAAAGCAUCGUCUAACUGCACUAGACACCUGGAGGAGGCAGGGGUGGAUGGUCUGGGCGUGGGCUUGGCUGCGUGUCGUUCUGUGAUUACUCUGGCUGUGGUCAGUGCCAUAUUCGGACUGGAGUUGCUUGUGAUGUCACAGGCCAGUGAAGGGAGGGACUCCAGUCAACGCUGGAGCCUCGGGGCAUGGCUGGUGCUGCUGGCGGGUUUGAUGGCUGGCGGAGGGGUCACAACAUUUGUAGUCCUGUUAGGGGCAUCUGCAACGCUCUUUGGGUUUACUCUGACCUUCUGGGGCCAGUUCACUGCCACUUUCCUGUUCUUCCUCAAUGGAAUGGCAGCAUGGCACAUCCAGCAUAUUGAACCACUGCUGCUCAGUGGACAUCAUGACAAACUGUUGAAAUAAGGCCGACACAAACAAUACUCUCUUUAAUACUUGGAGAAGCUGCAUUAGAAGCCACUGUCGGUUCAUCUCAAGCAGCUCUGCUCUGUAUCUGCAUUCUUUUGCAUCAAAACUGAUAAGUAAUUUUUAAGAUUUAUAAAUAAUGAGGAACCUUCUGAAAAGGCCAAAUGUACCAAUGUUAAUAUGAAGGAAUGUUCCAUUUCAAUUUUUCACAGGUGUUUUAUCUGGGUUUUGAAUUGCUUUGCAUUGUGUUUUAGGUUUGGAAGAAUUUUCUGUAAACUUGAAAAUUGGUGCAGGGCUGGUGUGGAAAUAAAUGUUUUACUAGUU